AGUUUGCCUGUAGUGUUGGAAAUGCGCAGUAGAAGGGCUAAACUUUCACAUCAAGCAAAACUAAAUGUAGAUAGUGUGAUUGUUAAGGUUACUGAGAAAAAACAAAUGAAAUUAACCUCAUAAGUUUUUGUUCUUUGUUAUGUCAAUGAUGAUUGUGGUGUUUCAGUCUCACAGAAGUCUGAGGGACACGUAUAUGAGACUCAUGGCCACAAAACAACCUCAUCUGGACAUGGAGAAGGUAUCUUUGUUAUAUGUAUUGUAGUUGUUUUAGCUAACUGAUAGAGGAGUAAAUAUGAAGCAUAAUUUUGACUGUUUUUGGCCACUGGAGAAUGAAAACAACAAUCAAAAUGUGUCUCUCUGUCAGUGAACUCAAGGGAUACUGAUAUAUCUUACUUUGGAAUUGAAUGAUGCAAAAACAAGAAAAAUCUAACUUAAAUGGAAAGAGUAUGUCCUUUGAUUUUCCCCAACAACGGUUGAUCUGAUCACAUUGUGUAUUGUAGAAGGGACCCCUAUUAACUGUUACAACCUGCACUCAGCCCAUUCUGAACAGCCACGUUUUCAACAGGCACUGCAUGUUUAAAAGAUGGAUAUGGUUUAUUGGUUGUUUAGGUUGUAAAGAAGGCAGCCUGUAAAACUUACAUCAUAAGAUGAUGUGUUUGGUAUUUCAACCAAAAUAUGGUUUUUCAGUUUCCCACACAUCUGAUGGACAUGGACAUGUGACUCAUGGCCCCACUCAAGAGACUCAUGGCCACAUACAAGAGACUCAUGGCCACGCUCAAAAGACACAUGGCUACAGUCAAGAGAGUCAUGGCCACGCUCAAGAGACUCAUGGCCACAUACAAGAGACUCAUGGCCAUGGUCAAGAGACCCAAAGCCACACACAAGAGACUCAUAGCCACGCUCAAAAGACAUAUGGCCACGUACAAGAGAGUCAUGGCCACACUCAAGAGACUCAUGGCCAGGUACAAAAGACUCAUGGCUAUGCACAAGAGACUCAUGGCCACACUCAAAACACUCAUGGCCAUGCACAAGAGAGUCAUGGCCACGCACAAGAGAUUCAUGGCCAUGCACAAGAGAGUCAUGGCCACACUCAAAAUACUCAUGGCCAUGCACAAGAGAGUCAUGGCCACACUCAAAAUACUCAUGGCCACGCACAAGAGACUCAUGGCCAUGCACAAGAGACUCAUGGCCACACACAAGAGACUCAUGGCCAUGCACAAGCGACUCAUGGCCACACACAAGAGACUCAUGGCCAAAGACAAGAGACUCAUGGCCAUGCACAAGAGAGUCAUGGCCACACUCAAAAUACUCAUGGCCAUGCACAAGAGACUCAUGGACACACACAAGAGACUCAUGGCCACGCAGAAGGGACUCAUGGCCAUGCACAAGAGACUCAUGGCCAAAGUCAAGAGACUCAUGGCCAUGCACAAGAGACUCAUGGCCACACUCAAAAUACUUAUGGCCAUGCUCGGGAGACUCAUGGCCACGUACAAGAGACUCAUGGCCAUGCUAAAGAGACUCAUGGCCACACUCAAAAUACUCAUGGUCACGCACAAGAGACUCAUGGCCAUGAUAAAGAGACUCAUGGCCAUGCACAAGAGACUCAUGGCCACACACAAAAUACUCAUGGUCACGCUAAAAAGACUCAUGGCCACGCACAAGAGACUCCUGGCCACACACAAAGUACUCAUGGUCACGCCAAAGAGACUCAUGGACAUGCACAAGAGGCUCACAGCCAUGUACGUGAUACACAUGGCCACACACAAGAGACUCAUGGCCACACUAAAGAGACUCAUGGCCACGCUCAAGAGACUCAUGGCCACGUACAAGAGAAUCAAGGCUAUGCUCAAAAGACACAUGGGCAUGCUAAAGAGACACAUGAACACGCUAAAGAGACUCAUAGCCAUGUUCAAGAAACUCAUGGCCACGCUCAUAAUACACAUGGCCAUGCACAAGAGACUCACAGCCACAAAACUACUACCUCACAUGAGCAUGUUCAGAAAAGGGAGCAGCAUACAGGUAUAUCCUUUUAUGUAAUUAUUGCUAGCAGUGGCUAACUGUAGUUAAACUGUAAUGGAGUAAAUGCUAGUAUGUAGUAGAAAAAACUUUUACCACAAGAAAAUUAGACAGCAGAAAUGUAUCAAGGUUUUUGCUUGCAAUGUCAAUGAAAAUGUUGUGUGUCAGUCUCCCACAAGGCUGAGGGUCACGCACAUGAGACUCAUGGCCACAAAACUUCAUCUGGACAUGGAGAAGGUAUCUCUUAAAUGUAGUGGUAGCAAUGUUCUUAUAAUUUUGUAUUUUGUAGUGCAGCUGUAGUGAUGGAAACAAUUAGUAAAUAAACUUUCACCACAAGUUCAACUUUGAAACUUGCUCCCUGAAAACUAGAAACUGCAAAAUUGUUUUUGAUUGCUAUGUCAAUGACGAUUGUAAUGUUUCAGUUUCCCACAAGUUCGAGGGAUAUGUACAUGCGACACAUGGCCACAAAACAACAACUUCAUCCAGGCACGGGGAAGUGCACCACAGCCAUGAGUGGGAAAGGAGACAUGGGACCC